AUGUUUAUACUAUCACCAAGCUUCAUGCUUGGAGCUGCUGCUCUCCUUGUUGUUACUCAUCUCAUUGUCCGCAUGACUUCGGCCACGGCAAAGGUUCCCGGUCCCUUGAUAUCCAACUUCACCUCACUUGUACUGAAAUGGCACGAACUCAAUGCCAACCGUACCGUAUAUAUUCACGAGCUUCAUAGGAAAUAUGGCCCAGUUGUCAGGAUCGCCCCCAAUGAGGUUUCCUUCACUUCGAUUGAUGCCCUCAAAGAGAUUUAUGGUUCUGGUGGUAGCGGAUACGAUAAGACAGAGUUUUAUGACCUCUUUCAAGUCUACGGCAAGCGGACAAUGUUCUCAACACUAGUUAAAGGCGACCAUGCGAAACGACGGAGGAUGAUUGGCGAUAGAUAUGCCAACAGCAACGUAAUGAAGCAAGCCCCCCUGGCCGGGAUACAAGAACGUUCCAAGUGGUUUGUUGAGCGUUGCGUUGACUCGCCUGACAAGACGGCAGACGUAUUUGUUAGUUCAGACUACAAGGAGCUGAACCGAUUGAGGAGAACGUCACAGCUGACCAAACCAGCGUUGCACGCAUAUGCUUGUGAUUGCGUUACGCACCAGUUGUUCCACCCUUAUGGAAGCAACUGCCUGCAAAAUAAGGACGACGAAGAAAUGAUGCAUCAAGUUGCUGCCGAUGACAGUCUUCAGAAUCGUCUGGUCCAGUACUAUAGCCCGAUUCUACACCGUCUUGGAUCAAGCAUUCUGACGAGCUUUGCCAAACCUCGACUGAUUCCUCUGGCCGACAACUUUGUCAUUGAAAACGCCAAAGAAGAUGGUGCAGCAGAUUUCACCGUUCUUAACCGGCUUAAGGAGAAGGAUAGCGUCCUUGAUACUAUCGACAUGGCUGCCGAGUGUCUCGAUCACAUGGCCGCUGGCAUCGAUACGACCGGCGAUGUUCUCUGCUUCUUGAUGUGGGAACUUUCACUGCCCCGAUCGAUAAAGUAUCAACGACUUCUGCGAGAAGAGUUUCGAAGCAAGCCUGACGCCAACUUUGACGAAUUGCCCAUGCUAGAUGCUGUUCUGAACGAGGGACUGAGAUGUUUCCCUGCCAUUCCAAUGUCAUUGCCUCGAUACGUUCCCCACGGCGGCCGUGUCAUUGAUGGAUUCUCCUUACCCCAGGAGACAGUUGUCAGUUGCCAGGCUCUUUCGGUUCACCGAAUCAACGAUCAUGUCUUCCCCGAGCCGGACAAAUUCUACCCUGAAAGGUGGUUGGAAGCCGAAGGAGAUGCCGACCGCCGAAGACACCAAUGGGCCUUCUCUAGUGGAGGAAGAGGAUGCAUCGGGAAACAUCUUGCCAUGGCGGAGAUGAAGACCCUGCUUCGAGACGUGUAUUCACAGUACGAAACUGAGCCGGAUGAAUCAAUGAGGAGCGAAUCUAUGGCGAUGGACGAUCAACUGAUCUCCUCACGGCCUCGGGGAAAGCGAUGCCUGCUCAAAUUCGUGCCUGUGAAGGGCUGA